CAAUCCAAUCCAAUCCCCUGCCAUAGCCAUUGCAUAGCUCAGCCCACCGGCUCUCCUCUUCUUCCGUCCUCCAUAGCCACUGAGCUUUGAGCUCAACUCGCCUCACUUGCUCGUGCGAAGAUGGCAACAAUCCCCACUCUGACCUUGUCUGCACCAAAACUUAACACCUCCUCCUCCUCUUACCUUAAACCCAAUUCCCCUGCUUCUCUGUCUGUUGUACACUGUUGCUCCUCCUCCUCCUCUUCUUCUCCUUGUCCUUCGUCAGUGCAGUCGGGGAAGUCUCUGAUCAAUGCGGGUGUCGGGUUCUUGGCGGCGGCUGUUCUGGGCCUUUCGCCGUUGAAGGCCGAUGCAACGAGAGUGGAGUACUAUGCGACGGUCGGAGAGCCCCUGUGUGAGCUCAGCUAUGCAAAGUCAGGGCUCGGGUACUGUGAUGUCACUGUUGGGUCGGGCGAGGAGGUUCCCCGUGGUGAGCUUGUCAAUGUUCAUUAUACCGCAAGGUUUGCAGAUGGGACAGUUUUCGACAGCAGCUACAAGCGUGCAAGGCCCCUAACUAUGCGUGUCGGUGUUGGGAAGGUAAUCAAAGGACUGGACCAGGGGAUAAUAGGAGGUAAUGGAGUGCCACCGAUGCAAGUAGGCGGAAAACGUAAACUUCGGAUUCCUCCCGAGCUAGCUUAUGGGCCAGAACCCGCAGGAUGUUUUUCUGGGGACUGCAACAUACCUGCCAAUGCGACUCUUCUUUAUGAUAUCAACUUGAUCGGUAUCUACUCCGGAAAUGCAAAGUGAGGUCAGGCCCAUGCAAGUCUUUUAGAGUAGGAAAAAGCCAUUUUAGCAUUCUCGGGUGGUCUGCUGAACUCAGCAAAUAUAUUCGAACUUUGUCGCUCUUCUAUGUAUGCAUUGGACAAGCUCGCCUAAUAGCUGUUAUUGUGCUUUAGGUUAUAAGCUUUUCAGAGAGCGAGCAGCAUGGCUUUUACAAUUGAGCUCCCAUAUCAAAUAGCCCUCAUUGCAUCCUCUGAUCAAAAUAGGAAGUCUGCUGAGAAUCCCGAAGAAAGAAUAUGGGAGAAAGAAUCAAUUUCCCACACCACCAGCUUUUUGUGUCAAAAUGCAUAUCGAGAUGUUGGUUUAAGUCCAAUCAAUCGUGUUCAUCUGUAAGGAAGUCGGUUCUGAAGCUUCAAUUCCACGGGAAAUAUUCAAUGCGAUGAAUCAUCAAUAAAGUUUUCAUUUUGAGGGCUUUUCCUGUUCA